UGGACCAAGGAACCAGAGGCCGCCCAGAAGCCCGCGGUCCAUGAGCUGCAGUUCAAGGCUGCAGGACACUGGGUCACCAUGGGGAGAGCUGCCCUGGGCCUUCUCUGGGCAGUGCUCCUGUUCCCUGUCUCCACAUCUGGAAUCCCCACUGAGGAGCCCACGCCUGGGGAAGCCGUGGCCUCCAGGUCCUCCAGGCACUGUCGACGAUGCUGUGACCCCCAGGACCCCCUGGUCCUUGCUGAUGCCCCCGAGGUAUCCUCGGCCUCUCCGUCUGCCCUGCCCUAUGUGCUGCCUGAGGUCAGGCCCUACGUUAACAUCACCAUCCUAAAGGGUGACAAAGGGGACCGAGGCCUGCUGGGCACACCCGGGAAGCUGGGCAGGGAGGGACCCCGGGGGGAACGCGGCCCCCAGGGCACCAAAGGUGCCAAGGGGCAGGCGGGCAGCCCUGGCAGCCCAUGCCAGAUGCGCUUCUCGGCCUUCUCCGUGGGCCGCAAGACGGCCCUGCACAGUAGCGAGGGUUUCCAGCCGCUGCUCUUCGACACGGUCUUCGUGAACCCGGACGGGCACUUCGACCUGGCUGCCGGCCACUUCGUCGCCCCCCUGCGUGGCCUCUACUUCUUCAGCCUCAACGUGCACAGCUGGAACUUCAAGGAGACCUACGUGCAUGUCGUGCACAACGACAAGGCGGCCGUCAUCCUGUACGCGCAGCCCAGCGACCGCAGCAUCAUGCAGAGCCAGAGCGUGAUGCUGGCCCUGGCCCCCGGGGACCGCGUCUGGGCGCGGCUCUUCAAACGCGAGCGUGAGAACGCUGUCUACAGCGAUGACAUUGACACCUACAUCACCUUCAGCGGCCACCUCAUCAAGCCCGAGGAUGAUUAGUGCUUCCGGGGGCGCAGCUCUGAUGUGCGAUGGCCAUGGGCAGGUCUGUCCCCUGCGGGGCCUCAGUUUGCCUGUCUGUAAAGUGGGCCCUGGGCCCUGGCAUUCUGGGCAGACUUCCUUCGCUUUCCUUUCCUCCGUCAUCCCUCCCAGGCUCUCUGUUUCUGCCUCUC